AUGGGCCCUCUACCAGCCGUCCAGACCGUGUCCAAGCAUGAAGAUAGAGUCCGCAUGCUAGUCCUGGAGACAGACGAAACACACCCAGAGACACAGAGGGAAAUUGGCGGCUUCGGCGAGGUCUUCAACAAUCUGUUCAUUAAGGCAGGCGACGACCAUGACCCGCAACUCGGUAUCGAGACAAUGAUGCAAUACAUCGUCGAGCCCGAGGGCGGCCGAGUGCCAGGACCCGCCGAUAUCCCAGACGACUUGCACGCCAUCCUCAUCACGGGGAGCGAGUGGGACGCGCACGGCGACGACCCGUGGAUCCACAAACUCAUGGACUUUAUCAAAUACAUCUGGACGCACCGCCCCGACAUAAAAUUCACGGGCAUAUGUUUUGGCCACCAGAUUCUGUGCCGCACACUCGGCUCCACAGUCGCGCCCUCGCCCAACGGCACCUGGGAACUCUCCCACACCUCGCUCGACCUCUCCUCCGUCGGUCAGCAGCUCUUCCGCACGUCCAGCCCGACGCUGCGUCUGCACCAGAUGCACCUGGACCGCGUCGUGGACGCGCCGUCGCCCGCGUCCACGGAUUUGCUUGCGCCCGGCACAAAGGUGCAUGUCUGGGGCACCACGGACCAUACGCAAGUGCAAGGCGUAUAUGUGCAGAAGCGGCUGUUCACAAGUCAGGGGCACAUGGAGUUCAAUGAACGGUAUGUGAAGAGGCAAUUGGAGAUGCGAGUUGAGGCGGGGAGUGUGCAGAAAAGUGACGCGGAGGAGGCGGCCGAGCGGGCGGAUUGGAUGCAUGAUGGGCUGGUGGUUGCGAAGGCUGUGUUGAGGUUCUUCCACGGCGAUGACGAUACCCUGGCGUAA